GUCCUUCAGGUGGGAUUCGAUGACAUAGCAUCCUUGUAACGCAGCCGUCAAGGAUCUGUUAAAGACUCUUUCUUGACUUUGAGAAACACCCAUAGUGCAAUACCAGACACAGACACCAUUUUCCGUAUUACAAGUCAGUGUACCUCUGAAAUAAUUUUUUGAAGCUCUGUUUUGAUGUAAAAUUGUUACAUAAUGUUGCUUUAACGGUGAUGCGUGAGUGAGCAAGCACAUCUCAACCAUGAGGAAACCAUGACUAGUCGAAUUAUCUAAAUGCUUAGGAAUGGUGCUUCAGUGCUUCCUUUUGUAUCUCCUUUAGCUUAGAGUAGGCUACACUGGACCAUCCUUUGCGAAAGGAAAGGAUUAUGCAACGACAAUAAAAUCCACCGUCGCAUAAUUACGUAUGGCGUUUCCGUCGUAUGGCAACACAUCUGACUUUUAUUUUGACAGGGCAGCAGGAAAGAAACGGGUAUAGCCUGUUCUUGUUUGUCUACUAAAGUAAAGUUAGUAAGUUUGGUUUAUCACCAAUGUAAAGCUCGUUUGUAUGACAGACAGUAACGAGUACGACAGUACAGAAUGGCAGGGAAGGAACCAUGCCCUUUGAUUGUUGUUCGUCCAUCCCGUUGUAUCGUUGAUGAGAAGUUCUUAGUGCUUGUUCAGAAUUUGCCUCCUGGACUGGCGGUCACUGUACAUGCCUUAAUUCACUCUGAAGACGAUGACUUUUGGGAGGCGUUUGGUCAUUACAUCAGUGAUGACAGGGGAUGUGUUAAUGUUGCCAAGGAUGCUAGUAUUGGAGGGUCUUAUGACGGUGUCGAGCCAAUGGGUCUUUUAUGGAGCAUGAAACCAAUCCCAGGAAGUAGACCAGGUCUCAGGUUACGGAAGAAGGAAGUGCACACUCCAUUGGUUGUAAACAUUUCAGUUUACCAAGGCCACAUGAAUGAAAGGUUUAAAGACACACGCGCUCUGGCGUGUGCUGUGGCUGAGCGCUGGUACAUGGCUCCUGGUGUUCAGAGGGUCGGCAUCACCACAAACGGACUCAAAGGGACUCUGUUCUUACCUCCAGGUGCUGGACCUUUUCCUGGUCUGCUGGAUCUGUGGGGAGGUGGUGGGGGCUUAGUGGAGUACCGCUCUGCCCUGCUGGCCUCCCAUGGGUAUGUGUCUUUAGCUCUGGACUACAUGACCCCCAAGACCUCUGGCAAUGGCACGCAGCAUGUUGGCAAUGACUACUUUGAGGCAGCAUUCCGAUUGCUCCAGGAGCACCCUCAGGUGUGUGGUGACAGGAUUGCAAUGUUGGGCCUGUCGUUUGGCACCUCCGUGGCUCUGGGCAUGGCUGUGUAUUCCCCAGUUAUAAAGCCCAAAUGUUUGGUGUCUGUGAGUGGGAGCCAUGUCAUGCCUGUUAAUGGCUCCCUGUCAGAUGUCUUUGCAGAGAUCAAAAAAAAUGCCCAUAACACUCGCCAUGAUGAGGAGAAUAGGAUCAUAUGGCGGGAUUUGCUUUUACCCAUUCCUGAUGACCCCUCCAAGAAAGUUGAUGUUGGCCGGAUCCAGUGUCCUGUUUUGCUUCUAGUGGGAGAGGAUGACCAGAACUGGCCCGCCUCAGAAUCUGCAGAGGACAUGAGGCAGAUGAUGGAGAAAGCUGGAAACAGCCACCUACUCACUAUAGCCUCCUACCCCGGGACCGGACACCUGAUUGAGCCCCCGUACAGUCCACACAUCCGUGCCAGCAAUUUCAUGGUGGCUCAGGCAAGGACAAAGGUGAUAGUUCUGUGGGGAGGACAGACUGUGCCACACUCAAAGGCACAAGAGGAUGCCUGGCAGAAGACCUUGGUGUUUCUGGAGGACCAUCUCUAUGGCACCAAGCACAGAUGUCCGCGUCCCCAAAACUAAGCUCCGCACCAUGGGCGACCGGGCCUUUUCCUCGGCAGCGCCACGCUUAUGGAACAGCCUCCCUGACCACCUAAGGGCAACGCA